CGAAGGACUUUUGCAAGCGCCAAGCUGCAGAAUGGCCCUGCGCCCCAAGGUCCAAGUAAGCGAAUGUCUGUGUUACGGUUCAACAAAGUGAGGCCGCACUGUCCUUCGGAGACAGUACUCCGCAAACACUCUGGGGAGAGACGGAUCGAGAUUAGUCGAGUUGCAAGUGAGGCAGCGCAUUGAUGGCAUGUGCAUGCAGCUCUGUUUCUGAAUCGUUGUCGUCGCCACACCUUGCUUGUUGUUGCCUGGUCACGCGGAGCGAAUCGAGGUCUCGUGGAGGUUGGAAAUGCGAGGAAGAGACGUGGGUUCCACAAAGAUUAUGACUCGCGCUCAAAUUACAGGUUGCGUCUCAAAUUAUGAUAUCUCAAACAGUUUAGAUUCUCCCCACUUACCUUUACCUCUCUGGUUCUUCUUCUUAUGGAUCCGCAGAGAAGGCAUUCGGUUGUAUGGUCUGAACUUCCUUUUAGAGACGUACGGUCCGCUCAACCUGACUACGCUUGAAUACACGAUCGCUUCGUCGAGGCUUGCCCUCGGCAUCCUGCUCAUAUUCCGCGUCUUGUCCAUCUUCGUCGAUUUCGCUGUCUGCGUACGUGUAAAACAGAGAGCAGAACUCAGACUGUGCACUCUUUGGUCCGUAUUUCAAGCCGGUUCGCGCUCGUACGUUUCGCAAGACCACCACAGGUUUGCUUCACGGACAGGACACGUCGAGUUCAUAACUUUUUAUCAUUUUCGGCGACUGAACCAGGGCAGCUUGGAGUUGUCUCGAAAGAGCAAGGAAAUUGAUCUCAAGGAACUCUUCUUUAUGCUUCCUGCGUAGCAUUGUUCUCUUUGUCUUCGACGGUCAACCUCUGCUGUUCAUCUUGAACACCUACCUCCACCACUACCACUUGCGUGUGCAAGAAAAGAAUGCAUGCCGGCCU